AUGUGCCCCUUCGUCGAUCCAUAUUGGGCUUUUUAUUGGCCAGGCGGUCAAGCAGUCACCAGGUAUAUUCUUGACAAUUCUCAGUUGUUUUUGGGUGCAAACGUUCUAGAUUUUGGAUGUGGCUGCGGUUCCGCCAGCAUAGCGGCAUCCAAAGCAGGAGCCACAGUGAUAGCCAACGAUAUUGAUUCAAGUGAGGUCUAUUUUCCACUUGAGGAAUGCGCCAUGCACUCGCUUCUAACCAGUAUAGAGGAACUCGACGAAAGUCGUUCUAGAGGAUAA